GCAUCUCUGUUUUCUCCCCGGGCGGGACGGGACCAGAGCCUCCUUCCCUUCCCUUCCCUGGGGCCAGCAGCGAGAUUCAUCUUGUGACCUGGGAUGCCUUCAAGCCGAUUAGAAUGGAACUGUAUAUAAUCUAGAGAAGCAAUAUAGGACUUCCAACAGCAGCCAAACUCUCUCAUCGUGCCAUACAAUGGAGCCUUGUACAUCUGAUGAGUUUUUUCAAGCACUCAAUCAUGCAGAGCAAACCUUUAAAAAGAUGGAAAAUUAUCUGAGACACAAGCAACUGUGUGAUGUGGUAUUGGUUGCUGCUGAUCGCCGGAUUCCAGCACACAGACUGGUGUUGUCCUCUGUCUCAGACUACUUUGCAGCCAUGUUUACUAAUGAUGUAAGAGAAGCAAGACAAGAAGAAAUCAAAAUGGAAGGUGUGGAGCCAAAUGCACUAUGGGCUUUGGUGCAGUAUGCCUAUACAGGUCGCCUUGAAUUAAAAGAAGAUAACAUUGAGUGUCUAUUAUCUACAGCUUGUAUUCUCCAGCUCUCUCAGGUGGUAGAAGCUUGCUGCAAGUUUUUAAUGAAGCAACUCCACCCAUCAAAUUGCCUUGGAAUCCGCUCCUUUGCUGAUGCACAGGGCUGCACAGAUUUGCACAAAGUGGCCCACAAUUACACUAUGGAACAUUUCAUGGAAGUAAUAAGGAACCAAGAAUUUUUAUUGUUACCAGCAACUGAAAUUGCAAAGCUGUUGGCCAGUGAUGAUAUGAAUAUUCCCAAUGAAGAGACUAUCCUCAAUGCAUUGCUUACAUGGGUGCGACAUGAUUUGGAACAAAGAAAGAAGGAUCUCAGCAAACUCUUGGCAUACAUCAGGCUACCAUUACUUGCACCACAGUUUUUGGCAGAUAUGGAAAACAAUCCGCUUUUCAGAGAUGACAUCGAAUGUCAAAAACUCAUUAUGGAAGCAAUGAAAUACCAUUUGUUGCCAGAGAGACGGCCCAUGCUACAAAGCCCUCGUACAAAGCCUCGAAAAUCUACAGUUGGUGUGUUAUUUGCAGUUGGAGGCAUGGAUGCAACAAAAGGAGCAACAAGCAUUGAAAAGUAUGAUCUCCGUACCAAUAUGUGGACUCCGGUAGCUAAUAUGAAUGGGAGAAGAUUACAGUUUGGAGUGGCUGUGUUAGAUGAUAAAUUGUACGUUGUUGGAGGUAGAGAUGGACUGAAGACAUUGAAUACUGUGGAAUGUUACAACCCCAAAACAAAAACUUGGAGUGUGAUGCCACCUAUGUCUACUCACCGGCAUGGUCUUGGGGUAGCAGUAUUGGAAGGUCCUAUGUAUGCUGUAGGUGGACAUGAUGGCUGGAGUUACCUGAAUACUGUAGAACGAUGGGAUCCACAGGCCCGGCAGUGGAACUUUGUGGCUAGUAUGUCAACUCCACGGAGUACAGUGGGCGUGGCAGUAUUAAGUGGAAAGUUAUAUGCAGUUGGUGGUCGAGAUGGGAGUUCAUGUCUCAAAUCAGUAGAAUGCUUUGAUCCUCAUACUAACAAAUGGACGCUUUGUGCUCAAAUGUCAAAACGAAGAGGUGGAGUUGGCGUAACCACUUGGAAUGGUUUCCUGUAUGCUAUUGGUGGUCAUGAUGCACCAGCUUCCAACUUGACAUCCAGGCUGUCUGAUUGUGUGGAAAGGUAUGAUCCCAAAACGGAUGUGUGGACUGCUGUGGCAUCAAUGAGCAUUAGCAGAGAUGCAGUGGGAGUGUGCCUACUUGGAGACAGAUUGUAUGCUGUUGGAGGAUAUGAUGGACAAACCUACCUUAACACAGUGGAAUCCUAUGACCCCCAGACAAAUGAGUGGACACAGGUUGCACCAUUGUGCCUUGGAAGAGCUGGUGCAUGUGUUGUGACUGUAAAACUCUGAAUAAAAAUAUACUUCUAUAGACUUUCUGGGGGCUUUGCCCCAAAUCACUAAGUUAUAAUCAAAUAAGGUACUGUGUAUCUCCACAGGGCAAAGAGUUUGGUCUUAAUCUAAUGGCUUUUUUUUAAAAAAAUGGACCAACAUUAUGCACUUUUUAAAACAAGCAAUGCAAUUUACGUACAUUUAUUUGUAAUGGAAUACACUACAGACAGCUGGCAUGCGAUAUAAGAAGUACAGACUGAAAAAUUAAUUGGCGCUUAAAAAAUGUUGGUUCUUAUAGAGGCUCAGAAAGGUAUUUUUUUAAAAGCCUGGGCACAGUAUCAGAUAUCUUAAUUUCCAUAUGCAGGUUUUU